AUGAGCGCGUGCGCAGUGGUGUCGGCUGCGCUUCCGGCAAGCAAAGGGGCGACCCGGAUGCAGAUACGCACGCACGCGCCCACACCCUCCUUCCCCUUCUUCCGCCGCCGCGGCUGCUCCCGCUCCCGCGACACACAACUCCAGAAUGACCAGUAUAAACUACCAGGGUGUCCAAGGGACUUAAACCCUGUGUGUGGGAGUGACAUGGUCACAUACCCCAAUGAGUGUACCCUCUGCAUGGAAAUCAGGGAAGAAGGUAAAGAUAUAAAAAUAAUCCAAGAUGGACCAUGCUAA